AUGGACCCUUACGCACAACAGACUAUAUAUCACAACCCCCAAUAUACAUAUCCUAAUAUUAUCAGCCAAUCCACCCUUCAGCCACCUGGUGUCGACGGCCAUUCUAGACUUCCUUCCCCCUCGAAUGAGUCGAAGACGCUCAUAUCGGAACUGUCCGAUCCGCUUUUUAUAAACCGUCUCAAAAAAAAAUUAUCCAAGAUUCGAAGACACAAGAAAUGGCGCACUUGCCAUGUAAAACGCCUCCAAUCCGUACGUGAUGAACGUCAAAGACGACGUGAAACUCUUCACAAAUUAAUAGACGAAUGGCGGACAGAAUGGAUUGCCAAAGAGUUGGCUUCGAAGCGCGAACAAGCGCGAAGAAACGAAGCCAUUAAGCGCGUUGAAGCUGCCGAUCAGAAAAAAUUACGACACAGGGAAUUAACGCAGCUCCUUGAAAAAGUGGGGAAACUCCGUGACAUACGACGAGAACGACUCAAACGCGAAGGUCACUUCUUCCCGGAGGAAGAUAAUGAAUUCUUCUCCCGUGUUGCAUCGCUUUCCAAUGCAAUGAAGAUUGAGCAAGAGCGUCUUGAUAAAGAGCAUUUGCAAGCGGUACAGAAUAAACGUGAGGAAGGAAUCGAAGAGGGAAUGAAGAAGCAAGAACGGGAGAGAGAUUUGUGCUACGAGUAUUGGCAUCAGGCAGAAAUGGAGAUUGACUGUUUGGUAGCAGUAAGACGUCAAUGGGAUGCCUAUUUGGUUCCGCCAAGUGCGCCAGGUGCAUCACGUAUACCACCGACAUUUGUUAUGCCUGCACCACCAGCAAAUUAUAUAUGGGCCUCUUGUCUUCAACACGGAGGAGAGAAUGCAUGA